CUGUCGACAAUUCAGACAGAGCGCCCGUCUCGCGCUCCUUUUUUAACCCAUUUUAUUUACGUACACAAAUAAUAAUAACUAAGUAACUAAGUGUUGGAAACAUGGGUGAAGUAAACAAGGAUUUGCAAAGAGAAAGAGACAAUUGCUCGUUCGACAUAAAGGUUUUGACUACGUUUAUAGAUGGCACACCGCAAAAGACAUUAGAGCGUAAAUAUAGAGAAAAGAUAAUGUUAAGCGAGAAGGAAUUAUCGGAGGGGGUGGCAGAGGAGUACCUGAGCCAUAAGGAGAGAUACGAGAACAGCGUUAGGAAGUCCGUUAUACUGUUCAAAUUGGUUCGACGGCUGCAGGAAGAAGGACGGUCUAACAUCACGAACUAUCGAGACGUAAUAAGCGGCCUUCUAGGCUCGUCAAGCACUCGCGAUGGCUCACCCUUCGGCGUGCACUACAUUAUGUUCAUGCCAGCCAUCCUGAACCAGGGCACGGAAGAACAGCAAAUGACCUGGUUGCCCAGGGCUUGGAACUGCAGCAUCAUUGGCAGCUAUGCUCAGACGGAGCUGGGACACGGAACUUUCAUCCGUGGACUGGAGACAAUCGCCACAUAUGAUCCUGACACCAAGGAGUUUGUGCUACACAGCCCGACUCUCACUUCAUACAAAUGGUGGCCUGGCGGAUUGGGUCACACAGCCAACUACUGCAUAGUGGUGGCCCAGCUGUACACAAAGGGCCAGUGCCACGGGAUCCACUCGUUUAUCGUCCAGGUGCGGGACGAAGAUACGCACGUACCUCUACCAGGGAUCAAGGUGGGAGAUAUUGGAGCCAAGUUGGGCCUCAACUCUGUUGACAACGGCUUCCUGGGCUUUGACCACUUGAGGAUACCGAGGGAUCACAUGCUGAUGAAGCAUGCACAGGUCUUAGAGGAUGGUACAUACGUCCGGAACGCAAGGAACACCAAGCUAAACUACGGAGCAAUGGUGUUCGUGCGAGUAGUUAUUGUCUAUGACAUGGUGAACUACUUGUCCAAGGCGGUCACCAUCGCCACACGGUAUUCGGCGGUGCGGCGACAGAGCCAACUGAAAGAAGGAGAGCCAGAGCCACAAAUUCUUGACUACGUAACCCAGCAGCACAAGAUCUUCAUCGGCAUAGCGGCGUGCCACGCGCUCAGGUUGACAGCUAAUAUGCUGUGGGAGACGUUCCAUGACGUCACCGAACAGCUGGUGGAUGGGAAUCUGGAGAGGCUGCCAGAGUUGCACGCUUUAGCCUGUUGCCUAAAAGCCGUCAGCACAGCCGACACGACAAUGUAUGUCGAGCGCUGCCGACUCGCUUGCGGAGGCCACGGUUACAUGCAGUCUUCCAACCUGCCCAUGACGUACGGGCUGGUCACGGCUGCCUGCACUUACGAGGGGGAGAACACUGUGCUGCUUCUACAGACUGCCAGGUACUUAGUGAAGACAUGGCAGACCGGCAUGGAGAACCUGACCCCAACCCUCGCGUACUUCAAGACGGCCAGCUCGCCAGGGUUCUGCGAGCGGUGGGAGAACUCCGUGGAUGGCAUCGUCCGAGGGCUGCAGAAGGUCGCUAUGGGAAAAGUGGCAACAUGUGUUAAGAACUUGAAGAAGCAUGUUGACUCCGGAAUGUCGCCUGAAGACGCUUGGAACUCCACUUCGGUCCAACUGGUCUCGGCGGCUGAAGCACAUUGUCGAGUGAUAAUAACGUCCACAUUCCACGACGAGGUCAGGAAGUUGGAUGCGAGCGUGCCACCUGAGGUGCGGCUAGUUCUGCAACAGCUGGUCGAGCUGUACGCCCUCUAUUGGGCGCUGGAGAAACUCAAUGACCUGCUACUGUAUACAAGUAUAUCAUCUCACGACGUGGACGAGCUACAAUAUUGGUACGAGGAGCUCUUGGCCAAGAUACGACCCAACGCCGUGGGCCUGGUUGACGCCUUCGACAUCAUAGAUGGCAUCCUGCAGUCAACGCUAGGCGCGUACGACGGGCGUGUGUACGAGCGCCUAAUGGACGAGGCUCUGCGUAGCCCGCUCAAUGCAGAACCAGUCAAUCAGAGCUUCCACACGCACCUCAAACCUUUCAUGCAGGGGAAACUGUGAUACCUAAGGACUUAUCUACUCACAUCAGGCUGAUCAAGGUCAUUCAAUGAAACUAACAUUAAUCAUCGCACAAUUUUUUGCAUAAACUUGUGAAAUACGGACAAGUUCAAAACAUUUGCCGCCAUUUUGGUUCAACGAUAUUCUCUUACGGUCUGUUAACCGGUGGUCUAGCACUGUACAAGUUCUUCAUAAGCUUUUUACUGAGGGAUGGCAUAGUGCAACGCAAAUAUGUACUUAACGUUCGUUAGCGCCAUUUUUAGGGUUCCGUACCUCAAAAAGGAAAAACGGAACCCUUAUUAAACAUGAACGGGGCGUCAAAAUGUGUCGAUACAACCGGCCCUAGCACUCAGUGACGCUUCCCAUGCAGUACAAUUUUGCUAAAUGCCUUAACGGGAAUACACAGGGGCAACCGAGCUUAAAUCUGAGACUGAACAUAUUAUAGUAAGGAAUAUUUUAUAUACGUUUGUUACCUAAUUGUUUUGGAAAUAAAGAUAUUUAAAAUGA